UCUACUGGGUGUCAGCUUUUAUUGGCACGAUACAAAGCGAAGUGCCAAGUUCUGCUGCCUCGAUUCCCAGAGCAGACUCGGCCUCUGGAAUAAAAGCCUGCAAAAUAUCUCGCACGAGCACAGAGACAUAGCAAUGCUGGGCUGGAAGGAGGAAGUGCAGUGGAGAGGGGAGGGACCGCGCGCAGAGUUCCAGACUGCAGCCGCGGCGCUGAGAACUUGUGCGCAUGGAGCGGCGGGGGACAGCUGGAAGAGCUUCAUACUGCACACUCAAGGAAUAGCAGAAUACCUGCACAGGAUGGAGACUGAGGAGGCACAGGAAAUGUCCCAGAUAACAGGAGGGGACAGCCCGAAUGCUAACGAGGUGGGAGAGGACCAAGAUGAGGCAAUGCCUGUUCCUGAAGACUUGUCAGCAAGCACUGGCCUCCAACACAACAACCGCACGGACAAACCACUAGCCUGUAAUAUAAAAGUUGAGGCUCGGAGUGACGAGGAAAACGGGCUGGCCUGUGAGAUGAAUGGAGAGGAGGAGGAAUGUGCAGCCGAGGACUUGCGUUUGCUCGAUUGCUCAGGGGCCAAAGUGAACGGCUCCCACGCAGGCCCUGACAGCAAGCCGGCCGCCUACCCCACGGCCGGGGGCAUCCGCCUCCCCAACGGGAAGCUGAAGUGCGAUAUCUGUGGGAUGGUUUGCAUUGGGCCCAAUGUGUUAAUGGUGCACAAGCGAAGUCACACUGACGAAAGAAAGUCAUACAGGUUUGGAAUGACAUACAGUAAGGGGGAAAGGCCGUUCCAGUGCAACCAGUGUGGUGCUUCCUUCACUCAGAAGGGUAACCUGCUCCGACACAUCAAACUGCACUCUGGCGAGAAACCUUUCAAAUGUCACCUGUGCAACUAUGCUUGCCGCCGCAGAGACGCCCUUACCGGACACUUGCGCACGCACUCGGUUGGAAAACCCCAUAAGUGUGCAUACUGCGGGCGCAGUUACAAGCAACGGAGCUCGCUGGAGGAACAUAAGGAGAGAUGUCAUAACUACCUGCAGUGCAUGGGCCUUCAGAACAGCAUUUAUACAGUGAAGGAAGAGAACAGCCAGAAUGAGCAGAGGGAGGACAUGCCUGCAACUGAAAGAGCCUUGGUGCUAGACAGGAUAGCUAACAAUGUAGCUAAGCGUAAGAGCUCUAUGCCACAGAGGUUUGUGGAUUAUUGUAAAAAUAUAAAGAUUAAAAGGAGACCCCAUUUGAGAUUUCUCAGACUGCCACAGUGGAAGACGCAUCUGGAGGAUCUGUUGGCACCUGCUGAAGGAGAGAAUCGUUUGUCGGAGCUGUCAUUCGAAGCCGGCUCAGGUGAGCUCAUGCAGCCUCAUGUGAUUGAUCAGGCCAUCAACAGUGCGAUUAGCUAUCUGGGAGCAGAGUCCUUGCGGCCUCUGGUUCAAACCUCCCCUGGCUCCUCCGACAUGGUGGUCAGCCCUAUUUACAACCUCCACAAGUCACAAUCAGCUGAAGGCAAUGGUGUAUCUGCUAAAGACAGCGCUGCAGAGCAUCUCCUUCUGCUGUCCAAGUCCAAAUCAGCCUCCGUGGAGAAGGAUUGCUCGCCCAGCCCCAGCGGCCAGGACUCCACUGACAACGAGAGCAACAACGAGGAAAGGGCGGCCGGGGCAGCGGCUGCAGGUGGUCUCAUCUACCUGACCAAUCACAUGGCCCCAGGAAUGCGAAAUGGAGGUCUGCCAGUAGUGAAGGAAGAGCAGAAAAAUAAUUUUGAGGCCUUGCGGGCAGCAGGGAUUGAGCUGAGUAUGGCAUCAUCAGAGGGGUUUAAAGUGCUGAGCGGAGAAGGAGAAGAGUUGAGGGCGUACCGCUGCGUCCACUGCAGAGUUUUGUUCCUAGACCACGUCAUGUAUACCAUCCACAUGGGAUGCCAUGGCUUCCGAGACCCCUUUGAGUGCAACCUGUGUGGUUACCGCAGUCAGGACCGCUACGAGUUCUCAUCGCACAUCACGCGUGGAGAGCACCGCUUCUGAGUUAACACACAGAGACGUUCCACAUACACUUGACUACACACACACACAACACGUUUAACAUUUCAGUAUUUUUUUUAGACACUGUCCAAACACUGGAGUUUUGUGUAACAUUGAUUUUUUUGUACAUACAGUUGCCUAUAUAUUUCACUGUCUUGUCUAUUUUUCUACAAUGGUGUGACUUGUAUGUAAACCAGUAAGACUUUUAAAAAAGAGAGAACUGUAACUGAAAAAAGAAAUUAGGUGUUUGAAAGUGCAACAUUUUAUAUCAUUCCACAUAAAAGUGAAGUUUUUGCUGCCCUAAAUAAAUAAAAUAAUGCAUAGAUAUAUGGUUAUAAAAUAUUUGCAACAGAUGUAAACUUCUUACGUAACUCUUACGUCCCUGUGUUCCAACUUUUCACUCUCCGUUUUAAAUAUAUUUUUUAUAUUAAGCAGCUUAAAGAAGUUCAUAUCAUUUUAUAAUUUAUUACAAUGAAUAUGUCAUGAUAUGUCCAUUUUAUGUAACAAGUCUCCCUUUUGAAAUGCUCCCCUUGUAUAUUGAACCAAAUAUAUGGCAGUACAUAUUG